GUAUUGAUUCAUCAAUAAAUUUUCAUUAAUUUAAACUCCAGUGUUUUUGUUUUAAAGAAAAAGAAAAAAAUAUCAAAUUUUCACCAAAAGUAAAUCCCACAAAUAAAUUUCAUAAAAAAGUGUUAUAAAAUAUAUCUACAGUAUAUUAACCCUACAAUGAAAAUACAUAAUCAGAUGAUAACUUUGGCGAAAAAUAAAAUCCCUUAAAAGUUACAAUAACGCGCUAAGUACUUGCGAUAAGAAACGAAAAACGCAUUUUGUAAUUUAUACUAAUACUGAUAAGCUAUUAUCUUUUCAACGAAAAACAAAAAAUAAAACAUGUUUAAAACAUAAGACAGCUGCAUUAUCAAACAAAAAGAAAAUUAGCAUAUUGUAAAGACUUACAAGGGCGUACCUCUCUCUCUCUACGCAACGAAAACCAAAAAAGAAAAGAACAGCCCUUAUCUUUUUUAACUUAAGCCCCUUUGUGUGAACAUUAACUUUUAUUAAUUGUAGGAACAAUAGCAAAAGCUAAAUUGUUCGAAACUGCUGAUAGUGAUUGGGAGUUUGGAAUUUUGUCAAGUGGAAAUUAGUCCUAAUGACUACAGCCGAUCCCCCGCUCCUGCAAUUGGACGACGAUCUAAUCAGUUCCUUCGGUGCAGCACCAAAACAGUCGGAAAUUGUCUCUCAUUUGUCAAACAACCGUAACCUGCAUCACAACAAUCAUAAUCCAGCUAAUACAGGUGCUGCACAUUUACUAAGCCUUAACAAUUCACUUGGAAUCGUUGGAGUUAACAGUAAACAAAAUCUUACUGUGCAUUCCAUUGAUAAGAACAGCAGCAUAAUUUCAUUGUCCUCGAAUAGUAAUUGUGGAGCAGAAGAGAGCAGCGUGACAAACAGCGGUACGGCUAGUAGCAGAAGCAGUUGCACCCAAAACAGUUCACCGCGCUCGUGUUGUGAUCUAUCGAAUACCGAGGAAGAAAUCUGCUUAGUUCCCGAGGUAGACUUUGAGGGCAUAAGUCUGGAUAACGGUUUUGAUAACCGCGAAUCGCAGCCCCUUUUAGGGGGUCGCGGUGGCGGUGGUGGUGGAGGAGGCGGUAUAGCUAGUGGCAGUGGUGAUCAUGCCGAAUUCACUGGCAAUGCAUUUCCAGAUGAUCCAGAAUUUAACGAAAUAAUAACACAGGCUGAAAUAGCUAUUGAACAUGGUAUAUAUCCAGAAAGAAUAUACCAAGGAAGCAGUGGUUCCUACUUUGUUAAAAAUCCAGCGGGGAAAGUGGUUGCGGUAUUCAAGCCCAAAGAUGAAGAACCCUAUGGGCGAAUGAACCCGAAAUGGACAAAAUGGAUGCACAAACUAUGUUGUCCGUGUUGUUUUGGACGCGCUUGUUUAAUUCCUAAUCAAGGAUAUCUCUCAGAAGCUGGUGCAAGUCUAGUUGACCAAAAACUUAAAUUAGGCGUGGUUCCUAAUACACGAAUAGUUCGAUUAGUAGCUGAAACAUUUAAUUAUGCUCGAAUCGAUAGACGAAAAGCUAAAUUAAAAAAACAAAUCAAAGAGCACUUCCCAUCAGCUAAAUUCAAUCGAAUGAGUUUACCUCUGAAAAAAGGAUCAUUUCAAAUAUUCGUUCAAGGCUAUAGGGAUGCUGACUAUUGGCUGCGACGUUUUGAAAAUGAAGCGCUUACAUCUGUGUUAGCCAAAUCUUUUCAAUUGCAAUUUGAAAGAUUGGUGGUAUUAGACUACAUCAUACGAAACACGGAUCGUGGCAACGAUAAUUGGUUAAUAAAAUAUGAUCAACCAAAAAUCGUUAAGCAAGUAAAUGGUGCAUCUACACCAACCAGAACUUCUACUGAUAACAACCCUACCGAGUUAUCGCGCACCGAUAUUGUAACAUCCACCACAACUGAUGACAUUAUAGCAAAUUUAGACGAAACUCCCAUACCUGGUACUAGUCAGCAAAUACCAGAUAUACAACAGCAACAACUAGAUCUAAAUCCGGAUAGUACUAAUAGUUGGAAUGUGGUUCAAUUGCCAGAGAUUAAAAUUGCCGCCAUCGAUAAUGGAUUGGCUUUUCCAUUUAAACAUCCAGAUUCGUGGCGUGCUUAUCCGUACCAUUGGGCAUGGUUACCGCAGGCUAAAGUGCCUUUUAGUGCAGAAACAAAGCAGCUUGUCCUUCCAGCGUUAUCCGAUAUGAAUUUUGUUGAAGAGCUAUGCAAUGAUUUAUUGCAUUUGUUUAGGCAAGAUAAAGGAUUCGAUAGGAAAUUAUAUGAACGUCAAAUGUCUGUGAUGCGAGGCCAAAUUUUAAAUUUAACCCAAGCCCUAAAGGACGGUAAAUCACCCGUUCAACUAGUCCAAAUGCCAGCAGUGGUCAUUGAAAAAAGCGAACCGAAAAGCAGAUUAUCCUCAUUUACCCAGCGCUUCCAAAAUAAAAGCCCAUUUUUCUCAUGGUGCUAACUAGAAGGCAAAGUCAGCAUAUUCUAACAUCAUUCAGAUAUAAAAAAAAUACAACAAAACAUUACCUUAUCAAUAAUGGGACUCAUUAUAUAAGUAUAUAAAUACAUAAUAUCUAUUUAAAUGUUAACUAUUAUAUAAUUCUUAGUUUUAUUUUAUAAACAAAUUACUAUUCUAAUUUCCUUAAAUUAUGUUUGGACUUGCAACAUUUAAAUAAAGACAUUUAGAUAAAUAAAUAAUGUUUAAAGAGAAGAUCCUCUUCAAAAACAUUGUCUUAUAACUUAUGUAUAUCAGAGCAAAUAAUAUCAUGCUCAUUCUUCCGAGUAAAAUGUAUAUGUAUGUAUUAAUUUAUAGAAAAGUAAAAUAUGAUUAUUAUUAUUAAAAUAGGAAUUUCAAAAAUGUAAAAAAAAACAACAAAAAUGAAAAAUAAAACCAUUUGUAAAAUGGCUGUAUGAAAUCUUUUUCAAAAGAAGAUAAAUUGAAUACAUUUUUUGUUCUGCGAUUAUAUAAUUUUUUAAAGAAGCUUGAAAUAUGAAAAGUAAAAUUAAUUAACUCUGUGAUUUUUUUAACGAACAAAAUGAAAUCAAUAACGAGUACUAACCGAAACCACCGGAAGUUAAAAGAAACAGCGCCAGUUUGAAAAUAGAUAACAAAACAUUUUUUAAUAACAUAAGUAUAAGAUGAAGAUGAAGAUACCAUUCUCUUUUAUUACUUUUUAUAAUAGAUACAAUUAAUUUGGAUGUGUAGAUUGGAUAUACAUACAUGAAUUUGGAAAACAAAAAAUUAACAAACUUUAAAGUUUUCGUGAAUAUUUGAAAAGUAGUAGCAAAUUUUUGAAAAGAGUUAUAUAUUUAUUUCACUUCAGAUUAAGUUAGGUUGAUGGACUGGCGAUUAAGGACGUUAUUGCCAUAUUUAGAUCAAUAUAGAUCUAUUGUGGCACCCAGAAGUAUUGAACUUCCCUUAAAGAAAAAAUAAAUAAUUAAAACCUA